GGUUCUUGUACCUACUAAUCUGAGAGCCGACAUGAAGGCAACGGAAAUAUUAUUGACAUGGGGGCCACCACAAGGAGUGAGGGGGCUCAUGUCGUAUGAGGUGGAGUGGAAGAAAAAAACAGACUCGGAGUGGACGAAGGCAGUGACCAAGGAUCAUAGGUAUCUUCUGAAGGACCUUCCAGAAGAUACAGACUUUGAUAUUAAAGUUUCUGCAUAUGAGAGGGCCCGCAAACCGCCACCACCUACGCCACCGGAAGAGGAAAAAGAACCGGAAGAAGAAAAAAAUCCCUUUGAACACAUGACGCUAUUUCCAGAGAACUCAACUGUAAGUCAAGCUGGAAGUGAGACAGAGUCAUAUACACAGCGUACAAAAGAACUAAACAAGAUACUGGAUGAACUUGAGAAAACAUUAGAGUUGCAAAAACGUCUAAACAAAGGUGAAAAAAUUCCCAAACAUCUUCGAUCUAAGAUUCAAAUGGAUAUCCUCAAACCAGUCAGGAGAAAAAACUGUCCAAAACGCAUUCUGUUGAUUAUAACAAACGAAAUGUUCACCAGAUCUCCUCACUUAUCAUCAGCAGCUAAAGUUCAAAGUGAAAUCACGCGCUUGUUUGAACGCGACUGGAAAGUAGAAGGUGAUUAUGUUAGAAGAAUAAAGAAUGGCACAAGGGCAUCAAUUUUAAGUGAAAUAGACAAACUCACUCAAAGACUCGAUUUUGACAGUCAUCGGAUGUUUAUUUGCAUAAUUCUCAGUUAUGGAAAUCUAGAAGGAUUUAGGACAAUGGACGAAGAAAUGAUUGAAUAUCAACAGCUAUUUUCUUUGCUGAAUGGAAAGAACUGGUUGCAUUUUAAUGAAAAACCUAAAUUUUUCUUCAUUGAUGUUAAACCUAUGAAGAUGGAACGACACGGCCAAUAUCCUCAAGAUAUCCAUGUCAAUGAACGCUCUCAAGAUGAACUGGAGGUUACCUGGCAUCCCCCGAAAGCUUUCCAGAAUUCUAAUUUAAACUACCUUGUCAACUGCUACAAAGUUGAUGAACAGAAGAUACAUACUAAAAUUCACGAAGUCAUUGCUGAUACAAAUAAGUGUGUUCUCGACCAUCUUGAAAAAGAGGUUACUUAUAAGAUUAGUAUCUGGUCAAUACAGGCUUCAACACAGAAGAAGAAAGGGUUACCUAGUCAGACAAAAUAUAAAAUAAAAGAAAAAGCGGAGGAACCUAAAAAGUUGAGAGCAGUUUCAACGUCAUAUGAUUCGAUAACUAUUUACUGGCCUCUUCCCUUAGAAGGAAGACAAGCACACUAUUAUGCCAAAUACAAGGAGAAAUCUUCGCCAGAUCCUUUUAAAAGAACUUAUUUACUUUUAAAUGAAUCAGAAGAAAACCAAGUCCAUAUUCUCAAUUUUUUGAACAGUAAUACGGAAUAUGUAAUUAAAAUAUUUGCUGAAAGAACGAAGAUUCUGAAUGAAGUGACGGCAAAAACCUUACCUAAACAUCAGCCUAAGGAACUUCGAGCAAAGCGUGUAACUCCUUUUGAAAUUGAGCUAAACUGGGAACCCCCCAAUACUGCCCUAAGAAGGCUAUACACCUACACUAUUUCAUACCGUUCCAAGAAUUCACAAGUAAGCACAGUGCAGACGAAGAGAGAAGUGUAUAUUUUGAAGGAUCUGGUUCCUGAUGUUGUGUAUACGAUUUGGAUAGCUGCCGAAAAAGAAGGUCUUAAAGGAGACGCAACAGAUCCCAUAGAAUGUCACACACCACGAUGUGGUCCCCAGAAUCUCCAAGUAGAUGCUCUUGAGCGACAGGUUCGAGUUUACUGGGAUGAAGCUGUUGUGCCAUCAGAGACACAGAGUCUAGACUACAAAGUGUGUCUCCAGAAUGAGAACAGUCGCGCGAUUGAAGGUGAAGUACUUCGUACCCCAGAAGCCAAAUAUGAAUACGCUUGCUAUUUCCGAGAUUUAUGGACAGAUACCAAUUAUACUCUAGUCAUGACGACUAUAAUAGAUGAAGGAGACUGGGAUCCGCCUACUGAACUUCAGAUCAAAACGAGAAGAGAUCCACACAUAAGUGACCUAGAACCCCACGAUAAUAAUUUUCUGGUUGCCUAUUCAAACACACUUGGAAUAGAAGUUGGUGAAAAGAAAGUUGGAGGAAUAUUUUUACCGACACUUUUAGAGAGCCUACGCGAACAUUAUGACUCGAAGAAUAUCGUAGAGAUCAUGGAGGUUGUUGAUGAUGAGGUUCAAAAUAGAAGUGCAGUGACUGGGAAGAUAAAAAAAGUCAUAACAGUGAACACACUGCUUGCCCGUCCGAGAUUCUAACACAUCGGUUACAUUGUUCUAAAACUGAAUACACUGCUC